AUGUUAGCUGUACUGAGCAAAAAAUGGUUGGAAUGUACUUACAUGAUUGCUCUGAUUGUACUGCGAUACGGUAUCGAAGCGAUAAGUUGUCGAAUGGUAGAUUGGAGUAACAAUAGGCUGAGCCCUUGCCAGAGUCUUAACAUGCGAAGCGGCGAGCUUCGAUUCCAGAUGAAGUUCAUCAAAACUAUCGCCAAAGCGUUCUCGUCCGCUGUUCACCGCUGGAGGAUUCUCAAACUCACUAAAACAAACAAAUACAUCUGCUUAUUACACUGCUCUCUACUUUUGUAUGUGCUUGAUGACGCGCUGUACGAUUGCAAGGGCGAGAAAUUCUUCGGUGUUUACGAUGGCUCAAAAGUAAAUGAUAGAUUAGCAACCCAUGUGCGGACAGUGAGCGCUGCUGCUGUAAUAACGCUAUCUGUAGAAAUACAGCGAUCGUUUGACGGGGAGCGAAAUGUGAUAUGA